GACCAAAGCAAUGUCGGCUUCGGAAAUACCAUAGCCAAUUCCCGACAAAUUCGAGACGAUCACAACGCCAUGCCUCCGCCACUAAAGAGCAAAGAGACCCCAUUAGACGAUGGGGGAGACAAUACGCUAAGGAAAGAGGACAUCAACAACAGCAACGGCGGGGAGGCUACCGACGAGGACGACGAGGACGAAAGCGACGAGCUUGCUCUGGCAACAUCGCCAACAGCCGUUGCCAAUGGUGGGAACACUGUAACGAAACUCAGGUGUCUCAAUUGCUGGAGAGUGGCAAGAAAAGGUACGCAACGCAACACAACACAACUUGAUAGGGUUCUCACAAUACCUCACAAGUGAACGAAUGAGCGUGUUUGUUGUCAAAACAAAAUCAAGUGAAUCGUAUCCACCGCAAUGCUUACUAACAAUCAAAAACAACUCUUCGUGAAUUCGAACACGAAACAACACAAUACAAUCGACACACCGCAACCGCGUGCCAUUUGUCGACCCACCACAAACCAACCACAGAUUGCACCGGAUCGCUCUGCAUUCGUUGCUGCACCGAUGAAACCUGUACCGUCCACAACGAGCAGCGCGCCAAGCUUGCCUGGAAAAAAGCCGUCACUCUGGGGACGACGGACCUCCAGAAAGAGGCAAGGGCAAAGCGGGCGCGAAAGAUUCCGAAGGGCCGCUUCAAGGAGGAAGAAUUCUCGUACAUGCACGACACGGUCGUCCUGUGGGACCUGAGGAGCGUCCUGGAGCCCGCGCCGCCCAGGCAAAACCAGGCACCCUCCGGCGCGAGCCGGGGGCAAUUGGCCUUGCCCUCGGCAGCCACCACGACCACUGCCACCGCGCAGGCGUCCGCUUCGGCCGGUGCCGAGUACCUGAACCAGUGCAAGGUCCGGGAAGAAAUCCUGCGACGGUCUCGAAAGAACAAUUCCGCAGCGGCAGCGGUGGAGGGUCGUCCGGAAGCGACGAAGGUGCGAAGGAACUACAAGGGAACGAAAAAGCGCUUUCGACGGUUGAUGGAAGACUUGUACCAGCGGAGCCUGGCGUUGAACUAGCGAACGAGGGAACGAGCGAGAACACACCCUAGCCUACUAGCCGAUCAAAUCUAGUGUGGAAGCGCUGUGGAAGCGGAGCGUGGGAAGCGGAGCGUGAGCAAACCAUUGAGCGCUAAAUGCAUCCAUGCACGCUUUUGGAUCGGUGCGGAGCAAAGAAAAGGGAACACUAAAAGGAAACAUCGGAACGAGUCAUCCGGAAUCAUAACAAAAUACACGGACGAGAGGGCAGAGGAAAUCAAUCAUCUCCACCGGAAUGCGAUGGAUGAACCAUGUACCAACGACAAAACCCAAAUUUGAUUUAUUUCACACGGUUAUUACGGAUUGCGCGACUGGACGAAUGGAUUACUGCCGUCAUCGAGCACACAGAUAAGAAACGCACGAAGAGAGUUGCUUGACUGCAUUGGUUUCACUGCAAAAACAGCCAGCGAGAACAACACGAAAUUCUACGGAGAUAAAUACUCUGGGACUGCACAGAAACAAUUUUAUUUUCCCGUCGAGUCCUUGGCACGGCAUGGGCUACAAUAGCUGGAGGAACCAAAAUAGAUGCGAUCUAAUACGGAGAGUGAAAACAAACAAGCAUCGAUCCAGCAAGCAGAAAGUCGUAUCAGCGUAUCACACGAAAGUGUCGACUGUUCUUUUUUGUGAGUCAACUGCAAAGGCCUAUUGGGUGCAUUCAAAAUUUUUGAAGAAAAUUUAUCCGCUACAUGCACUCUUCUGAACCUUUGCGUUGACCGUAGAUGCCUAGAGAAAUGAUAAUAGAUCAAGAUUGCGAGC